AGCAAUCAAGAAGAGUACAGUCAUAGAUCUCAGAAAGAAUAAGCUGGUAGAAUAAUUCCAUGGACAAUCCGGAUCUAAGGAUUUUCUCUGCUUAUGUCACAUAUGCUUAAAAGCCUUUUUUGGUGGAACAGUUGUCCAUAAAAACCAAGGAUGGAUCCCAUAUGACCUCAUCAGAGUAAGCUUAUUAUGGCACUGGCUGACAAACCCUGAACUACCAGAUCUUUCUUGAGCUUCUUUGCUGUGAAUCAAAAAGAAAAAAUGGCAUCCAUUCAUCUAUCCAACUUUUCAGAGGCUGACACAAUGCAUCAAGGCUCAGUAAAUGAUCACAUCAUGCCAAGAAUAGGCUACACAAUCUUGGCAAUCAUUAUGGCUUUGUUCUCUACUUGUGGCAUCAUCUUGAAUAUGGUGGUGAUUAUUGUGACAAUGAGGUACAAACAACUGCGUCAGCCACUAAACUAUGCUCUGGUUAAUCUAGCAGUGGCUGAUCUUGGUUGCGCUGUGUUUGGGGGGCUACUCACGGCAGUCACCAAUGCCAUGGGCUACUUCAGUCUUGGCAGGAUAGGAUGUGUUUUGGAAGGCUUUGCUGUUGCCUUCUUUGGUAUUGCUGGUUUGUGCUCAGUUGCGGUUAUCGCUGUUGACCGCUACAUGGUGGUAUGCAGACCACUGGGCACAGUGAUGUUCCAAACCAAACAUGCCCUGGCAGGUGUGGUCUUAUCCUGGGUCUGGUCUCUCAUUUGGAACACGCCACCACUGUUUGGAUGGGGCAGUUACGAACUGGAAGGGGUGAUGACCUCCUGUGCCCCCAACUGGUAUAGCAGAGACCCAGUCAAUGUCUCCUACAUCCUGUGCUACUUCAUGCUCUGUUUUGCUCUGCCUUUUGCCACCAUUAUCUUCUCUUACAUGCACCUCCUUUAUACCUUACGACAGGUGGCUAAGCUGCAAGUGGCAGAAUGUGGAAGCACGGCCAAGGCUGAGGUUCAGGUGGCCCGUAUGGUGGUCGUCAUGGUCAUGGCCUUUUUGCUUACAUGGCUGCCAUAUGCAGCCGUUGCCCUGAUUGUGAUAAUUGAUUCCAACAUCUACAUCAACCCAGUGAUUGCCACAAUACCAGCCUACCUGGCCAAGAGCAGCAAUGUCUUCAACCCCAUCAUUUAUAUAUUCAUGAACAGACAGUUCAGGGACUAUGCUUUGCCUUAUCUCUUCUGUGGAAAAAACCCUUGGGCAUCCAAAGAAGAAGGAGAAUCAGGCAUCAAUACGUUAAUUACUACAGUCAGCAAGAGCAGCUCAGUGUCACCAUUAUAACCAUAAAUAUCAAAGUAUUAUAACCUAAAAUAAUCAAAUACUCAAUUAUUUUCUUUGUUGUAUGUAUAAUGUUUGUGAAUAUUUGGCAGUGUAGUUUACGUCUGGAAUUUAUUUUGGCUGGAUAUUUUUGAUGAAUAGUUUAGUUUCUGCUACACUUUUAUCAGAAAUUGGCAAAUAAAGCAUGGUUAUGAUCCUCUAUAUUUGGAAACCCAUUUAUGCUACUUUUCUGCC